AUCUGUGUCUAUUUAUAUCAUACAUACCCUUUAUAGAAACAAAACAUAUACCUCAAAACACAAACAGAAAAAAAGUUUCUUUUCUUGAGAUAAAAACACUCUUUAAGAGCAAUGCCACGACCAAGAUGGAGUCCAACACCACAACAGUUGAUGAUUUUACAAGAUUUGUAUAGACAAGGGUUGAGGAAUCCAACAUCCUCUCAAGUACAAAAGAUCACAGGUCAUCUUUCUCUUUAUGGAAAGCUUCAAUGCAAGAAUGUUUUUUAUUGGUUUCAAAACCACAAAGCUAGGGACAGGCAAAAGCUCAGAAAAGAGAUGCUUCACAAAAUGCAGAAAACCCCUAGUGAUAAUGAUCAUUUCCCUGCUACUCAACUUCAACUCACAGCAGCCAACAAUAGUAGCAAUAUUCUUGAUAAUUUCCCUGUUAAUUUUCCUCCUACUGUUCAUACACUUUAUCCUCACUCCCCUUCCAUAUUGGUUCAUCAGGCUGAAGGAAAAGACACAUCAUCAGCUCAAAUGACGAACAACAUGGGGAAUGUGGAUCUUCCAAAGCAGUGCGUCAUAGAGAAUGGCAUGAUAAGAACAAAUGUUCAAAGUUGGGUCUUGAUGAUGACAGACAUGGUCCCUAAUUCUAUUCCCUGUUGCAGCAACAAGCCCCUUCAAACCCUAGAACUUUUCCCCAUCAAAGCUACUGGCAUUAAGGAGUAGGGCCCAAUUAGAGCACCACUUCUCAAUAUUGUUUAAUUUCUUGCUGAUCUGUGUACUACUAAUAAGUUUUUAGCAUUAGAAUAACAAUCUAUUUUCUCUGAA